GGUAAGAGAAGAAUGCCGCCCAAGGAGGGAGAGAAGGACGAGCUAGAUGUUGUCAAGGGCGAGAUCCAGGCCAAGGACUUGCAAAUCCUGUGCAGCAAUGACAAGAUCGCCAGGCUUGAGGAGCGGGCGUUCAAUCUUGGGAGCGUCAUCAAGGAGACGCGCAGGCAAGCUGAGGACAGGGACAAGAUUCUGGAGGAUCAGAUCGCCGCGCUCACCAGAGAUGCAAAGGAAUUUGAUCGGCGAAGCGAGGAGAUGGAACAAAUUAUCGAAACGCUCAAGAAGGAGAGGGCUGAGUCUCAUGCCGCGCUUCUGGCGGAGCUCAACGAAUUGAAAACCACUCACAGGAUCCAAGUCGAAGCAAUCCAGAAAGAGCUGGAUGAUGCACACAAUUUGAUCCAAGCAGUGAAGGAGUUUACGCUACGAAGGGCCGCUAUCGAAAAAGAGAUCCAAAACUUGAAGAACCAGCUUUCCAAGGAAAAGAAGCAACACCAAGAGGCCUUGAACGACGUGGAACGAGUGGCACAACAAGAGCGGGAGAGAUUGCGCAAAGAGAUGGCGGUUAAAAUCGAAGAGACAAAGCUCUUGAUGAUCAAACAAACGGAGGAGCAGCUCCACGUCGUAUGUUUCUCAAUCGGGCUGCUGCAUAAGGAGACAAAAAGAAGAAAAAACAAAAAGAACGAUUUUGGAGAAUGAGCAGCUAGCGAAAGAGGUUGCCUAUCAUAUCAGACAGACGGAGCUGCUGGUUCUGAA